AUGUCUCUUGCUGUGCAGUGUGUGUUGCUAUGUGUUCCCUUGGGGGAUUUCAGGAGCAUGGUUAGUAUAACCGUGAAGUGCUCGACAGGAGCAAAGAUCAACGUCAACGUCGAACUGGACAAAACAGUAGCUGACCUCAAGAAACUGCUAGAAGCUGAAAGUGGAAUCUCACCGGAACAAAUGCGAUUAAUCUACAGGGGUCAUGUGUUGAAAGACGGCAACACGCUGCAGUCGUACUCGGUUGAAGACGGGCAUACCAUCCACCUGGUGCAAGGCUCCACCUCCCCGUCGAUUCCUGGAGUCGCCCCAAACAUGCAGAGCAUGCAGCAGCAGAUGAUGUCGGAUCCUCAGAUGAUGCAGCAGGUCAUGAACUCUCCCAUGAUGCAGUCGUUAAUGAACAACCCUGAGUUGAUGCGAUCGCUCAUCCAGAACAACCCUCAAAUGCAGGCAAUCAUCGAGCAAAACCCAGAGAUUGGACAUGUCCUGAACGACCCAGCGAUCCUGAGGCAAACCAUGGAGGCUGCAAGAUCGCCAGAGCUGAUGAGGGAGAUGAUGAGGACAGCCGAUCGAGCGAUGAGUAACAUUGAGAAUUAUCCUGAGGGAUUCAACAUGCUCCGACAAAUGUACCAUAAUUUCCAAGAGCCGAUGGCAAACGCUGCUAUUGCUGGAUCAAGAGCUACGAAUGAAGACACUGCUGCAAAACCGGAUCCAUCCAAUCCAUUUGCGGAAUUGUUUCAGCCAUCAGCCACAGCUACUGGUCCCACUGGAGCAACGCCCAACCCCUGGGCGCCAGCACCAAGCACAGCGAGCACCUCCAACGAAAACAACACUUCCAAUGCAUUCGGUAACUCGCCAUUCAUGGGCAUGGGUGGAGGAAUGGGCGGGUUGGGCGGGUUGGGCGGGUUGGGCGCUCCGGGAGGGUUCGGCGGAGAUAUGGAAGGGAUGUUGAACAACCCGAUGGUCCUGGAACAAAUGCAGCAAGCCCUCAACGAUCCUGCAAUCCAACAGAUGAUGUCGGACCCCAACAUGAUGCAGCAGAUCAUGAAUUCCAAUCCAAUGCUUCAACAGAUGCUAGACGCUAAUCCUCAAGCCCGAGCUAUGCUUCAGGAUCCGGAAGUAUUGAGGCGCAUGAGUGACCCUGCUACAUUUCAGUCUAUGAUUCAGAUGCAGCAAGCUAUGAGGGGAAUGCAAGGCGGUCAGCAGCCAUCCUUCAACCCUUCUGCUUUCGGCCAAUCGAAUCUAUUUGGUGGUUUCCCUGCUCCUCAAGCAAAUCCUCCAUCAAACGUUCCCCCUGAGGAGAGAUUCCGUACACAGCUAGAGAAAUUGAGGGACAUGGGCUUCAGCGAUCAACAGGCGAACUUGUCAGCACUUCAAGCAACAAACGGAAAUAUAGAUGCAGCGAUUGACCGACUACUGUCAGGAAUAUGA